AUGCCGUCCCUCCGAACAUGCGCUCUCAUCGGCCUGUCUCUUGCCUCAUUAUUCCAUGCCGUUGCCGCUGUCGAUGCCCCCGGAUCGCUGUUGUCUCUGGAUGAGGCCCAACGGGUCCUUCCGGCCUGCGCUUUGAGCUGUUUUGAAACUGCCAUCGUCCAGUCGAAAUGUGAUCCGACCGACCUGUCCUGCAUCUGCACCAGCAGCGCGCUCAACAGUGUUGCAACGGCUUGUGUCAAGGCCGAAUGCACAAUUAAGGAGUCUCUUACUACCAAAAACAUUACUUCGUACAUGUGCGGUGUCACGCCAAAGAGCGACAGCUCGCUAAUUCCCAUCUACGCGACGUUCAUUGGUCUGGCGGUCAUUGCCGUCAUCUUGCGUCUUUUCGCCCGUGUCUUGACCAAAGCGUAUUUCUGGUGGGACGACUUGAGCAACCUGUUUGGCUUUUUUGGUGCUGCCGUAUUUACCGGCGUCAACAUUUGGGCCAUCAUCCUCGGCCAAAGCAAGGACGUCUGGUUUGUGCCGUUUGACGAUGUCACCAUGGUCAUGCGGCUCUUCUUUGCCGAAAUGCUGCUUUACACAGCCACGCGCUUCUUUGUGCGCGGCUCCAUCAUCCUCUUCUACCUACGCGUCUUCCCCGCAAAGUCGGGCAACAAGCUCGGCCGCGUGAUCCAGUGGACGCUCGUGUUCAACGUCGUCUACAACCUCAGCUUCUUCUUCGCCGUGCUCUUCCAGUGCCAGCCGAUAGGACUGUUCUGGACACAGUGGCAGGGGCACGACCACGGCCACUGCGGCAACGCCAACAUUCUGGCGUGGGUUGCUGCGGCUACGGGUAUUGCAUAUGACCUAUGGCUGCUGGCGCUGCCGUUCCCGGCGCUGAUGGCGCUGAAUCUGCAUUGGAAGAAGAAGAUUAUGGGCGGCAUGAUGUUCUUUGUCGGUGUGGCGGUUAUGAUUAUCAGUCUAGUUCGCCUCAAGACGAUUAACCAAUUCACCCGCACAGUUAAUCCAACUAAGGACAUUGUCCAACUGUGCCUGUGGUCAGCCAUUGAGCUUGACGUCGGCGUCAUCUGCCCCUGCCUGCCCUCCUUCCGUCUCCUGCUCCGUCGCAUGCUCCCCCACGUUCUCAGCACAUCCGGCCGCUAUGAAAUGGACCACGUCUCCGGUCGAACCGGCACGUACGGCAGGGACAGCAAGGGCGCUACCAGUGCCAUGCGCAGCGGUACACGACGCAGCAUCGGUGGUACGUUCGGAUAUCCUCCCCCGCGCAGCCCUCCUGACCAUCAUCAUGGCGGGGGGAUUUACGGAGCGGCGAUGGGGUCCACGGAUGUGGCGGUUGAGCAUGGAGGGAAUGGAUCGGGGAAGUUAGUUGCCGGGCAUAUUGUUGUUGGGCAUGAGGUACAUGUCGUGACAACCAAGUAUGUCUCGGAUGGGUCGAGUGCGGAGGAGCAUGCAGAUGGGAGGAGUAUGGCCAGCGUGACGGGGCUGAUGACGGAUGAUGAGGAGAUGGGGGGGAAGUUGAGGGGGGGGAUUUUGAGAAUGCCCCGCAUCGAAUACAACUACGCCUACACCUCCCGCGUCAACCCCUCCGACCCCCAAUCCCGCCUCCUCCCCCUUACCCUGUCCAUGGUCUGGGCCGGCCUGCAGCGCAAAGUCACCCACGCCCACGAGUUCGUCCCCCUCAUCCUCUCGUGUCGUGUUCUCUCCGACUCGUCGGUGCUCGACACCAAGGCCGGUGUCAUCCAGCGCGUAGUGGAGCGCGAGGUCACGUUCAGGAAGGGGACUGUUGGCCGGGAAAAACCCGAGUCUGAUGACAGUGGCGCGGGGAGUGAGGAGGAGGUGACGGGGAAGAAGGGGUGGAAGAGCGAAGGCGGUACGCCGAGAGAGGGCACGCCGUUGGUGUUGAAUUCGCCGGAUAUUACUAGCCCCGUGCCGGGGAUGGGGAGGGGGGCGUUCCCGGUUUUGAAGGCUGCUGCAGCCGCGGUGGUGAAUAAGAUUAGGGAGGAUAAGGCUGUGGAUGAGGAGCAGCAUGGAGAGGAGGAGAGAGCGGAGGAGGAGAAGGGACGGACGGUGAGGGAACGGUGUGUGCUACACGCGCCAUGCAGGGUCGAUUUCUUUCAGCCGGAUGGGACAAAGGUCGCGAAUUAUGUCAGUGAAGGGCCUGAUGGGGAGCUGUAUAUGACGUAUGUGUUUCAGUGGAUUGUGGAGGUGGAUGAGACGGGACGGGUACCGCUUUCGUUGAAGGAGAGGUAUCAUGCGGUCGCGAAGCAAGCCGUUGAGUCAACCCUCGUCACCAUUCGCAAGCUAGCGUUCGAGGGCACCAUCGAGGCCUAA